AUCAAAAGUGAAACAAAAAGAGAAUAACAAAUUAAAUUUCCUCGGCUAUCGAUCCGCGCGUGUGUGUCACGAAGCCAAUCUCGGUGGACGAUUUGCCUCAAUAGAGAGCCAACAGUGUGUGUGUGUGUGUGUGUAAACAGAUCGAAAUCGUUGAUCAGACUGUGACAAGCCAAGGAAAGAAAAAAAAAGAAGUUAUUUAGACACACCUCAUUUGAUCGUCACACCUGUCGAGGAAGGAUUGAAACGAGCCCCUGCCAAAAGGACAACAUGACACCGGUUGGCUAUGAACGAAGGUGCGGUGGUGGUGCACGUCGAUUUUUUCUGGUUCUCUUCUGGAUCGUUCUGGUGACAGUCACAUCCAAUUGCGAGGCAGGUGCUCAGCGGGAUGCAGACAGAAAGCAGGCCCGGCUCAAGGAUCAACAAAUGUCGCACAGCGGGAGCGAGGAGGACACGUUAGUUGAGGCCAAACUGGAGAAUAUCUGCGACAUUCAGUCGUCGCUUUCGGCUUAUUGCAUAUGCGACAGUCUCUCGCUGCACGACGCCAAUGAAGCCAAGUGCUCCGUCUUCAACGUCAGUGAUCAGAACGAUUCGAUAUGGGAGUCGUUCAAAACGCAGGCCGGCCUGCAAGAGCUGCAACUCAACGUGCACGAAGAUGGCCGACUGAAUUUCCUGCCAGCUGUGGCUCUGCGUAAUCUACCCGAUCUGACGUCACUACAGGUGCGUGACGCCACCAUCGACACACUGGCAUCACAAACGUUUGUCGAGGUGACGCAAUUGCACGAGCUGCGGCUCAACCGCAACAAGAUUCGUCACAUUCGACCCUUCGCGUUCCAAGGUUUGUCCAGGACAGUCGAAUUGGAGCUGAGCAAUAACGAACUGAGCAGCUUGGAAAGGGGCGUCUUCGCUGGAUUGGACAAUCUACGAAAUCUGUACCUCGACGGCAACAACAUCUCGCUGGUGGAGGACUCUGUUUUCCAGAACUUGCGCAAACUGGAAGAGCUCGACCUGUCUGGAAAUAGCAUCGCCGUGUUGACGGGCGAGACGUUGAUGGGCCUCCAGCAACUCAAGAAGCUCAUCCUACGCGGCAAUCAAUUGGCUAUCGUGGGCGAUCACACGUUCGCUCACGUCGCCAAUCUACGUCGACUCGAUCUCAGUUCCAAUCAGCUGCAAGUCAUCCGCCAACAAGCGUUGGCCGGCCUCCGGCAUUUAAACAAUCUCGAUUUGUCCCGCAAUCAAUUAAAAGGACUCGACAAAUCCGCCAUGUUGCCCAUUUGGUCGAAUUUAGUCAACAGUUCCAUGACGUUCUCCAUAGAAGGCAAUCCAUUGCUGUGCGACUGCCGAUCAUUGUGGAUUCUCAGGGAUCUCAGGAUGUCCAGCACGAGCGUCAGCGUGAAUGCGGGCAUUGACCGGUUGAAUUGCACCGGCCUUGCCAGUGGUAGUUCUUCGACGAAUCUCAUUACUUCCCUUUCAGUCCUCGAUUGCCGGCCGCCUUCCGGAUCGACGGCGACGACCAGAAGGCCGUCAAGAGGAUCGACCACGUCUACCUACGUGGAGGAGGUACCGAAAUUGCCGGUGAUGGUUGACGACAGUAGCGCCUCGUUACAGUUGUCGAGCCCCGUUGAAAGCAAAGAAGUUCGGCCGCAAGAUCCGGUUUCUUCCGCCGCCACCAACACGGCCCUUCCGGAGCAGGGAUCUUCGGCGCCCACAGUUGGUCUCCCCAUCGCCACCAUUUGUUUGUCCUUCGUUUUCGCGUCUACCGUGUUAUUGUGAACUCGCACAAAGCAAUGUUCUAAAUGAUUCUUUUGAAAGGAGAGAUAUACGUUGACAACAUGCGUUUACCAUAAACCACUGCCAAAACGCACGGCCAAUUGUUUUCUCAGAUAGAACACACAUUUUCUCUUCUUUUUUUUUUUUUUAUUUUGAAAUUGACAAACAAAUUGAAAAAAAAAAAAAAAAUUAUGGAGCCCAGGGUAAAGAAAAGAUAAAUGGGGUAGAAAUCCACCAUGAUUCCUAAUUCCUAUAUUGGUCAACACUUGGGAUUUUCUGAACUUCUUCUCAAGUUCUUUUGUGUUUUCCUCCUUAAUUUCAUAUUUUUUUUUCCUUACAGAAUAUUAUAAUUUGUCCUGAUUAUUGUGGUAUCUUGCGUAUCUUCUUCCAAUUAUCUAUUUUUUUUUUUGUUUGUUUCCGUUCUCUUUUUGUUCGUUUCAUUGUUUGAAAUCGAUCCUGAUUUUGACGCAAUGUGUCUGUGAUGUUUCGCUUGCAUGACUAAAGUUCUGAUGAUCCAUUAUUCUGGAGGAAAAAAAUAUGACUUAAGUAUGGCAAGAGAA